UGAAGCGCUGCAGUCGUCUGUGAGCGAGGAGGCUAUAAAGUUUCUGAGAAGCGCAUACAUUUGCGUUCAUUUGGUGUUUGUGUACUGAUAUUGUGUUUGAGGGGGGUACAGUUGCAGUACUGGGAGAGGUGGCUGUGUGAAAGGGAACGUCUACUCGUCAAAUUAUUAUUAUUUUUAUUAUUAUUUUUUAUAUUUAAAAAAGCACUUUAACGUAACUAAUUUGCACGAAGAUCUAAAACAAUGGUUGCCACCAGUACAAUGAAGAUCAAAAAUGCAGAAUGCAUUUCAGAGCUAAUAGACCGGAGAUUUGACCACGCACAAAUAGAUGAAGAACUGGACUACUGGUAUCAUGGCCUGAUUGAGCCCAAUCUGAAUGGAGAGGUGUUUGAGGAGAGAACCUGCCAGAAUCUGGCCAAAAUGUUUGAGAACUGCCUAUCCCGAGCUAAGAAGACCAAACUGCACUGCUCGGAGGUUCUGGUCCCUGAGAAGCUCACUAGGAGGAUAGCUCGGGACGUCCUGCGGCUCUCUUCUGGCGAGCCCUGUGGUCUACGGGGCUGCAUCCUGUUUAUCAACUUGGAGGUCGAAAACGUGUGCAAAAAACUGGACAGGAUAAUCUAUGACUCCAGUGUGGUGCCCACAUUUGAGCUGACCCUGGUGUUCAAACAGGACAGCAGUGCUUGGCCCAGCCUUAGAGACUUCUUCCUCAUCGGCACUUGUUUCGCUCCUGGGUUCCGGCAUGCUCUGAAGCUCAGCCCCGGGUUUAGACUGGUUAAAAAGAAACUGUAUUCCCCGUCGGCUGGUACCGUUGUAGAGGAGUACUGAAACUUCACGCACUUCUAUGUUUGGCAAAAUCUGAAUGUAAAAACCACGUGUUUUGAGACUGCUGGUCUUUUAAAAGAUUGUUUUGUGUUGCAUAUUUUGAGGGGUGGGUGGGGAGCAUUGCAGAGACGUAGUCACUUUAAAAAGGUGGGCCUUCCAAUGGAUUUCACCUCCAGUGUGUUUUAUUUUUUUUUUUUUUUUUUGUACGGCCGCUUUUAUCAUUUGUCGCCACUACAGAUGUUCAUGGGUGGUAUAACAAGUGAUCAAAAUGUCAUGUUCUAGCGACAAAAUCUGUUUUCCUCAUUUCAUUUUAAGCACAAUACAACGAAUCCUUCAGUGGGUAGAUUUGAAGACUACUGUUUUCGCCCCAUGACUUUUAGGUGGCUAACUGUUUAUUCAAAUGGAAGCAGACUUUUUUUUUUUUUUGUGAAAUUGUGAGGUCUGUUCCGUCAAUUAAAAGAUGCAAUAAUUGGUUAUUUGGUACGUGACAAUUGCUUCUAUUAACAUUAAUCUAUUAACACCUGUGUAUCUUUCUUUUGUGUUAAGAGUCUUGCACUCUGAUCAAACCUUGACUAAAAUUGCCCUUGGCUAACUGCUUUGAAUUUGGGUAAAUGUGUAUUAUGUUUACUGAUUUACCAAUUGAGUUGAUGGGAGGAGGGGGGCUUGGGUUAUUAAGUUUAGCAUUGGAAUAUGCAAGCUGCAGGUUGGCCAGAAAAGUAAUUGUGGUCAGUAGCAUUACUUUGUUUUUGAAGCUUGAUAAUGCUGCUUCCAGUGUUUUAACAGUAAUGUUUUGCAACAGUGGAAAGUGUGUGGAUUCUUUCUUUCUCUCUUUCUUUUUCACCCACUCAAGCCAUGUUGCUAGCGAUGCUGCUAAUUAGUGUUUAAUAUUGGGCAAGAUAGCUGUAUCUUGCACAGUAGUCAAGUGGACUUGCAAAACGCAUUUUACAUAAUUCUAAACUGGUAGCACAUGGGUCACCCUAAACAAAUCCUUGGGUCACCAGCCACUUAAUCCUUCUGAUGCUUGCAUUUUUUUUUUUUUUCCCCCCAGUUCUAAAACAACUUUUUUUUUUUUUUUUUUUUUUUUAAAACUAAGGUCAGUAAAGACUAGAUUAAUUUUGUGAUUCUGGGUGGUUGUAGUGGGUUUUUUUUUUUUUUUUUUGUUUUACUAUUUGCACUUUUUUUUGCAUUGACGAUUAUUGCACAAUUUGAACACUGUUAAUUAUGGUUUGUUGUCACUAUAGUGCCCUAUUAGACUUUUGUACACUUUCCAUUUUUACAAAUGUCAAGAUGCCUUUCUAAGGUGUUUACUGCUGCAGUGCUAUUACUCUGCAGCUGGAGCCUUCUAUGCUUAAAUUCCUGUUAAAGGAAGACAAUUUUUUGUCUUUUUGACAAUAAAAAAUAUUUUUAAA